GUAAAGCGUGGCUCCCCUUCCCAAGCAGAUAUGGCUGACGUUUCGUCCGCUCUGAUCGCCCUGCUCAUCCUGAGCCCUAUGGGCCUUGGUAUAGACGUACUGCAGCUCCAAAACACCGACUUCGACUACUGGGUGUCCGAGCAGGAUAUGAUGCUGGUGAAAUUCUUUGCCCCUUGGUGCAAAAAAUGUCAGAAAUUAGCUCCUGAGUAUGAAAAUGCAGCAACGCGCCUGAAGGGGACUGUCACUUUAGCAGAGGUGGAUUGCUCAGCAAACUCAGGAAUGUGUGGACGCUUUGGAGUGAAUGGGUACCCCACUCUCAAAAUAUUCCGAAAUGGGAAGGAAGCUGCUAUCUACAAUGGACCACACACGGCAGUGUUUACACAUGCAGAGGGCAUCGUGCAAUAUAUGCAGAAGCAGGUUGGACCCAGCUCUGUGAGCCUACAUAGCAAGGCUGACCUGGAUGCCUUCAUUGAUAACUUUGAUGCCAGCAUAGUGGGCUUCUUUCCUGGGCACGGCUCUACACAGCUAGCGGAAUUCCUGAAGGCUGCCGCCACCCUGAGGGAGAGCUACCGCUUUGCCCACACAACGAAGGCUGAGUUGGGCGUCAUGCACGACCUGCACACAGAGACUGUUCUGCUCUUCCGACCACCACGGCUCCACAGCACAUUUGAGACAAGCAUAGAAAAGUAUGAUGGUCCUAUUAAUAUCUCUGGACUACGCAAGUUCAUCAAGGACAACAUCUUUGGAAUUUGCCCUCAUGUGACCCAGGAUAACAGAGAUAAACUGAAGGGGCGAGACUUGCUGACCGCUUUCUAUGAUCUGGAUUAUGUGCGGGAUCCUAAGGGAUCCAAGUACUGGAGGAACAGAGUGCUGAAAGUGGCAUCUCAGUUCCAGUCUCGGAGCCUUAGCUUUGCAGUGGCCGACAGGAGAGAGUUCUGGAAAGAGCUAGAGCAGGAGUUUGGCCUGGGCCUGUCAGACAGUGGGGGGCCGCCUGUUGUCACCAUCAGGACACGGGAGGGACAUAAGUAUACCAUGCGUGAGGAGUUCACUCGUGAUGGAAAGGCACUCGAGCGCUUCCUGGAGGAUUAUUUUGCUGGAUACCUGAAGCGCUUUAUUAAAUCCCAGCCUGCUCCUGAGCGCAAUAAUGGCCCCAUCAAGGUGGUGGUAGCAGAGACGUUUGAGGAGAUUGUCAAUGAUCCAGACAAGGAUGUGCUGAUUGAGUUUUAUGCCCCCUCAUGUAGACACUGCAAGAACCUAGAACCCAAGUAUGUGGGGCUGGGCCAGAAGCUAUUGGGUAACCCCAGGAUCAUCAUUGCCAAGAUGGAUGCCACUGCAAAUGAUGUCCCAAAUGGAUAUGAUGUGCAGGGCUUUCCCACUAUUUACUUUGCACGAGUUGGGAAGAAGGACCUGCCACUUAAAUAUGAGGGCCCCCGUGAAGUGAAAGACAUUCUGAAAUUCCUAGAGAGAGAGGCCACCCACAGACUUGGGCAGAGGAGCACCAAGGAUGAGUUAUGAAUAGGGACCAACAGGCUGAGGCAUGGAUGAAACAUGGAUGGGAAACCACGAACCAUCACAGGAAGAUUAACAGGUGACUUUCACAGAGCCGAAACAGAAGCUGCAAGUUGGAAAGUGGCCUUUCAUGACCAUCGCUGCUCCCCCUGAAGUAGGAAAGGGAGGAGCUGCUGCAUGGAGCCAUGGUAACAGUGUUACACCAUGCUGGCUGUAUGGCUAUAUUUAUACUCUGACAAACUGAAAACAUGAAGGAAAAGACAGCCUAGCCACUUUUCUGGGAUAUGUUUUAUGUAAAAUUUGAGUGUGUUACUUUACCCUCUUACAGAUUAUGUAGGGUAUGAAUGAAUUUAAACCCUGAUUCAUGGGGAGGUGGGCUGCAUCUUGUGAAAUAUUUUGGUAAUCCACUUUGUUUGACUAAAGGAAAUGGAUUAAUAAAAACACAAACAUGACUGUUCUCACCCU